UUUGAACAUAGGCUGUGUUGUGUUGUGUUGUAGCUGUAGCUCUGUGCUUUGGGUGUGAGGCCUCCAAAAGCAAAAGCUUCUCUCAAUUUUCAUGGCGGCUGAGGAGGUUAAUAAACCUAAAUCACUCCCUCCUUACUCAGAGAUGAUUUUGAAAGCAAUUGAAGAAUUAGACGACAAGAAUGGCUCGAAUAAAUCAUCGAUAUCGAAGCACAUUGAGUCGACAUAUGGGGACUUGCCUGCUGGGCAUUCAACACUCCUGACGGACCACCUCAACAAAUUGAAAGAGAGUGGGGAGCUGGUGUUUUGGAAAAACAACUACAUGAAGCCAGACCCAAAUGCACCUCCUAAGCGGGGCCGUGGCAGGCCGCCAAAGCCGAAGGAUCCUUCGCUGCCACCAGGCAUCGAUUUGGGUCCGGCGAGGCCUAGGGGUCGCCCACCUAAGGACCCAAAUGCACCUCCAAAGCCACCAAAGGUGAAGGUCUCAACGGGUAGUGGGAAGCCGAGAGGGCGGCCAAGGAAGAUGGCAAGGCCUAGUGGAGGAUUGGGAGGGUCGACAACUGCAGUGCCGGCUUCGACGGCUACUGGGAAGCCGAGGGGUCGGCCUCCAAAGGUGAAGACUCCAAUGACUGAAGUGAGUGUUCAACAAUAAGACUCUUUUUAAUGGUGUUAUUGGUGUUGUACGUCUUCAUGUCUUUCUUUGUAGAAUUGGGUUGGUGUUAAUUAGUUCUAGUUUUAUGUGUUUUAUGUAAUUGCAUGUACAAUGUGAUGUAGCUGCUGUUGAGGCUUUGUUGGUUUCUAAUCUUUAACAAAGGAUAUGGCUAAUGGCUAGUACUAAUUAAUGAUGCACGACAGAUUUGUUUA